AUGCCCCUGGCUGCGUCAUACUCAUAUGCCCCGUUAUCAACAGAAUCGGAGGCUGCUUCAAACAUUCCUCAAUUCGCUACCAAUAAUCCACUCAUUGCUCCCGCACCUGAAUCCUCUCGGUCAGUGGUGCCUGCGGGAACACCUGCCAUUGCUACCGCUCCCACUCCCUCGGCGAGCCCUGCUUCUGCUGCCUCUACAGCCGCCGUCUACUCCAGUGUUGACUAUACCAGUACUGUCGUCGUCACAAAGAAGACACCGGUGCCCGUGGUAGUCCCACCUACCACUUCUAUCGACAUCAACUUCAAUUUCCCGUCCCAGAGUCCCACCCCGCCUCCUAGCAGCGGAGGAGGCGGGAGCAAUAACGGUAACGGUAAUAGCGGCGGAAACACCCCUGCUCCUGGUGGGAGUAACAACGCACCAGCACCUCCGGCAACCAGCAAUGGAGCGGGCAGUUUCCCAUCGAUCAGUAGCCAAGGCCCAACCGGAGGUAGUUUGAUCGUCGAGGCUCCUACAACUACAAAAAUAGGCAACAUCAUCGCUUCCAUCAUCAACUCACCUUUUGCGACCGCAUCGCCCACUGGUCAUGCUUCCGGAGCUGUCCCCUUGACCACCACAGUUGACGGUGUCUCUAUUGUUGUACAGCCCUCCAGUGUGGUGAUUGGUGGUCAGACCGUUGCAAUCCCUAAUCUGGUUCCGACCACCGUGCAAGCCUCCGGCGCUGUCUUCACAGUGGAGCCCUCCAAAAUCAUAGCUCCUUCAGCGACUAUCACAAUCCAGCUUCAACAUGACCAGAUCGUGACACCUGUUCCUACGGCCACGAUUACCACCGCAGUUGGCGAUCUCACUCUCACCGUCGGGCCCACGGUCGCGAUCAUCUCUGGAACGACGUAUAGGAUCGGAGAAGGCGCGCCAGCCACGACAGUCGUAGUUGACGGAACGAGGAUCUCCAUUGGCUCUGCUGGCGUUGGGUUGCCUAGCACUACUGUGGCGCCUGGUGGCGCGACGAACUCGCCCUUCGUUGUCUACACCGUGCAAGGCCUGACCUUCUCGGUCGAUGCCACUGAAGCCAUUGUUGGUGGCACCACUUACCGCAUUGGGUCGAAUGCUUCCCCCUUUACUACAACCAUCGGACCUCAACAUGUAUCAGUAUCAUUCGGUCCCAGUGGCGUAGGACUGGCCGGCACUACGUUGACACCCACCUCUCCUUUUGUCGUGUACACUGUGGAAGGGUUGACUUUCUCAGUUGACGGCACCGAGGCCGUGAUCAGCGGCACAACGUACCGCAUUGGAUCCAAUGCUCCCCAAGUGAUGACCACCAUUGGCUCGGGACAUGUAUCGGUGUCAUUUGGCCCAGGUGGAGUUGGCCUUGAAUCGACCACGAUCGUUCCCACGACAGCCUCAUCGCACAUAUCUCAGACUGCGAAGACCGGUUCAAAAUCAACAUCUGCAACUGCGUCUCCGACACAGUCAGUGAGUGUAGCCAACGAGGCAUCAUCUCAGGUCCGCGGACCAAUCGUUCUUCGAUGCUGUCUAUUUGUUCUGUCUUUGGGAUGGCUUGUUCUUUGA